CUAAAAAAACACACACGGACAUUCCACACAUCAGCCCUUUUUCUUGGUGCUUUGUCCCACCAACUUCACUUCACUUUCAUCUCAGCCAGCCAGCAACAUCUCUCCUCGCUUUCAAAUCAAAAACUCUAAAAACCAACUAAAACCCUUUACUUUACCGGAAUCCAGUCUUCAAAUCUAGGGCUUCCACUUCUAUUUCCAAUCCCAAAAGGCUUCUAUUGCUAUGUAACGCUUCAUUUCACCGGAGUAUAUAAUGGAUAAACAAUCUGUUCAUGGGUUUGAUUCCAAUGAAAGUGACCUGGAUUUGCAAGGUGAAGCCUAUGAAUGUGGAAGGAUAGAAGAUGAGCUUCAAAAUAACUUGGAUUUCUGUGUAGAUGAAGAUGACAAAACAUCUGUGCAAUGUAUUGAACUAGCUGUAAACGCUGAAGGUUUAGAACCAUGUGUGGGUAUGGAAUUCAACUCAAGAGAUGAGGCCAGAGAAUUUUACAUUUCCUAUGGCAGAUGCACUGGUUUUACUGUACGAAUACACCAUAACCGACGCUCUCGGGUUAACAAUCAGGUUAUUGGUCAAGAUUUUGUUUGUUCCAAAGAAGGAUUUCGGGCCAAAAAGUAUGUACAUAGGAAAGACAGAAUUCUUCCCCCACCACCAAUCACUCGGGAGGGCUGUGGAGCAAUGAUAAGGUUAGCCUUGAAAGGAGGAAAGUGGGUUGUCACCAAAUUUGUCAAGGAGCACACUCAUAAACUAAUGAGUCCCAGUAAAGUUCCAUGGCGAGGAUCUGGGAAGCAAUUAAUCAGUGAGGAUGAGAAGGAUAAAAGAAUCCGUGAACUAUCACUCGAGUUGUAUAAUGAGAGACAAAAAUGUAAACGACGGUGUGCUGUAUAUGAAGAACAGUUAAAUAUGAUUCUACAAGAUUUGGAAAAACACACAGAACAUGUCUCUAAAAAAGUUGAUGAUGUUGUCAAGAGCAUUAGAGAAAUUGAGGAGCAACAUUCAGAUGACACCAGCAGCGAAUGAAGUCAUUCAUGAUUUGACCUCUCAUUUCCUGUGUUUCUGAGGAUGGAUGAUUUUUAGGAGUCAAAUGCCAACUUAUCACAUAAGCAGUUUGUUUGGAUAAUCAUUAAGAUUGAUAACUUUAUGAUUGAUUAGGUCAAUUAUCUUUUUUCUUAGAAUAUCAAUGGCUGCUCUCUCAAUUUAGCUUGGUGUAACAUAUUGCCAUUGUUUUUUUUUUUUCUCAUUAAGUUUAUGCAAUUGUUGUUUGAAUAUCAGAUUCAAAAUUUUAGUUUCUUUGAUAAAUGUCAGGGACAUUGUGUAUUUUCCUUUUGGAGGUUAAUUGCUGGCUUAGCAAUAAGAUUGGAGAAUUUUUUUGCCAUGAUA